AUGGGUCUUGUCAAGCUCUUGCUCAAAGCGAUCCUCAUCCCAAUUAUUGUCCUCGCUGUCAUUGUUGUUGUUAUUGUCCUUCUCAUCAAAAUGCGUCGUGAUCGCAGAAAGAAAGAAAGGGAGCUGGAGAAUUCUUUCCAGCCACCCCCUGUACAACAAUGGGUGCCGUACACCCCGGUCCAGCAACCAGCCCCAGCAUAUGUCAAAACACCGGGGGCGAUGGAGCAAGGAAUUGGACAAGGACAGCCUUAG